UCAGGUGAUUUUGAAAUGCAAAAUCCAAGAUAUGUCCUUUCUCUUCAGUCAACUGUACAACAUGGUUCUUAUCACUACUUGCACCGUUUAUGCUGUCAAGACGAGAAAGAUUCCAGAAAAUUUCAACGAAUCGAAAUUUAUUGGGUUUACAAUGUACACCACUUGCAUCAUAUGGCUUGCGUUCAUCCCUAUCUACUUUGGAACUGGAAACGCUUAUGAGACUCAGAUAACAACGUUAUGCGUCGCCACAAGUAUGAAUGCAACAGUUGCAUUGGUCUGUCUGUAUUCUCCGAAAGUGUAUAUAAUUGUAUUGCAUCCUGACAAGAAUGUCAGGAAGUUGACUAUGAACAGUGCUGCAUACAAGAAAUACAACUCUGGAGGAUCCGCUACAACCUCGGCCUGCUUGGCUCUGGCAGCCGCACCUUCAUCUACAACUACUGCGACAACUGCUACAAAAGGUCAGUCAAAUUUUGAAUAUAUUUAA